AUGAAUGAUGCAUACGAGACUAUCAAUGAUACAUACGAGACUAUCAAUAAUACAUACGAGACUAUAGAUAAUGCAUACGAGACUAUAGAUAAUGCAUACGAGACUAUCAAUGAUACAUACGAGACUAUAGAUAAUGUAUACGAGACUAUCAAUGAUACAUACGAGACUAUAGAUAAUGCAUACGAGACUAUAAAUGAUGCAUACGAGACUAUUAAAGAUACAUACGAGACUAUAAAUGAAGCAUACGAGACUAUAAAUGAUGCAUACGGGACUAUUAAUGAUACAUGCGAGGCUAUAAAUGAUGCGUACGAGACUAUAGAUGAUGCGUACGAAACAAUAGAUGAAUGCAAUUAG